AUGGGAUACCUUUGUGAUUUCUGCGUGGAACAAAGGUCCAUGGUGUAUUGUCGUUCGGAUUCUGCUAGCUUAUGUUUGUCGUGUGACCGUAAUGUGCAUUCUGCAAAUGCCCUCUCCAAACGCCACUUGAGGACGCUCGUUUGCGAGAGAUGUCAUUCUCAGCCUUCUUUCGUUAGAUGCGCACAGGAAAAGAUAUCCCUCUGUCAAAACUGUGAUUGGACAGGACACGCAGGCCCGAGCACAGGCCUGUCACACAAGAGGCAAGCCAUUCAUUGCUACACUGGCUGCCCAUCGGCUUCCGAGCUUUCUGAAAUGUGGGCUUUUCUGUUGGAUUCGAGCUGUGAGCAGGGAAUGGGCUCAAUGAGCAUUGCCAACGAGGGGCCUGCCGAUUGCCAAGAGAACGAGGAUAGAAACGAUGAAUCUCAUUUAGGGGGAGCGGGUAGAUCUGCUGGUAUCGGGUUGUUGCCAGGUGGAUCGGUUGGCUCAGCUAUUCAAAAGGAUUCCUUGUCCACAGCUAAGGGAGCUGUUGCAUGUGACGAUAGCUUUUAUGAUGAUUUGAUUAUGGAUGAGGUUGACUUGAGCAUUGAAAACUAUGAAGAGCUCUUUGGUGUUUCUCUUGGUAAUCCGGACCAGCUAUUUGGAGAUGACGGUAUUGAUGGGAUUUUCGGGAUGAAAGACAUGUCUGGGUCCCAGUGUGCUUAUGCAGCUGAGGGAUCAACACUUGGAGGGGUCAAUAUGACGCAACCGGCUUGCAGCAAUGCCGCAUCUGCUGACUCGAUUAUGAGCUGCAAAACGGAACCCAAUAUAUGUUUUGCAAGGCAAACAUUAUCGGGCCUUUCGUUUUCAGGCAUUACUGGGGAAAGGGAAAGCAGUGCUGGGGAUCAUCAGGAUUGUGGGGUCUCAUCCAUACCGGGGCCUCCAGCAGGUAGCAGGAGUGAUGCCGUUUUGCGUUACAAGGAGAAGAAAAAGGCCCGAAAGUUCGAAAAGAAAGUGAGGUAUGCAUCACGCAAGGCAAGAGCAGAUGUGAGGAAACGUGUGAAGGGACGUUUUGUCAAGGCUGGUGAUGUUUACGAUUAUGAUCCCUUGAUCCCAACACGAAGCUGCUGA